AAGUCUGGUAUUAUGAGAGAGUAAAAAAUGAAACAAAAAUAAAUUUGACUUGAUACUCGGAAACUCGUCUGAAGCUUUAGUUGUAGCGCUGACGGCUUAGCCAUUAUCAGUCGUGGACACAGCUGUGACAGUUAAACAACAAAUAAACGGCGAACGGAGCUCGACACGCGUGAACUUCGAACGAACCGUCUGCCACCGUCAACGUACUCAGCGUGGGAGAUAGACUCCAAGUCUGGUAUUAUGCGAGAGUAAAAAAUGAAACAAUAAUAAAUUUGACUUGAUACUCGGAAGCUCUGCUGAAGCUUUAGUUGUAGCGCUGACGGCUUAGCCAUUAUCAGUCGUAGACACAGCUGUGACAGUUAAACAACAAAUAAACGGCGAACGGAGCUCGACACGCGUGAACUUCGAACGAAGAAGACAACAACGGAUAACGCUGGUUUAUUGACUAAAAAAAAAAAAAAAAAAAAAAAAAAAAAAAAAAAAAAAAAAAAAAACAAAGAAAAUCAAACGAAAUUAAAUGAGUUGAGAAGCAAAUAGCAAAAUAAAUUUUUUUAUAAAAAAGUGCAAAAACAUAUGAGAUUUACUUUUAAGGAAAGUAGGAAGUAAUAGCGCGUGCCAUUUUUUUUCUUCGUAUGCGAGUAUUGCCUAUAUGCACUCGAGUGAGCACUUCUGUACGUUAAUUUCAGUUGCGAAACACAAUUCAAUGGUAGGCUGAGCAAAGUGCACGUGUUGAUGCCGCGCUAUUGAUAAGAAGGCAUAAGGAAUACGUGAGGAAAACUCAAAUACAGCUACGAAUCGAUUUCGUGUAUUGCAAAACAUCAUCCGUCUGUACUCAGUGGAAAUCAAAACUCAGAAUCGCUGUGCAGGGUGCAAAAAACAAACAAAAAAACAAAAAAAAAAGAAACAAAUUAACAGCUGUGCGACGUGCCAGCGUAGAGAGGAAAUACCAAAACAGCAUUUCAACACCACCAGCGGCGCUGCUACCAUAGCUCUAGUGUGUUCCAGUGCGAAUACGGCAAGUGUAGAGUGCAGAAAAAGCGUAACCCCGCGGAAAAAUUUAAAAGCUUUAAAAUGCCACAAACUUCUUGGCCUUUCAGACCGGUACUGCUGGUAUUGUUGUGGGCAUGUUUAUUGCUGAUAAUAAAUCCUAUUGCCGCGGACACUUACAUUUCCCGACAGAAACGUACGCCGUAUGGGAACUUAGCACGACCACAGUCGGGACAAAAUACGAAGACGACGGAGGACUUAAAUGAGAAAUUGGAUCGUAUUUUCAAAGUGGGUGACGGUCCGGGACUUGUACUGUUCAAUGAUUCAUCGCAACCAACAUUUAAAGUGCAAAGAUCCCCCGACGGCAAACUGAACGUGGUUUUUAACGAUUUUCUCAUUUUCCAGACGACAACGUCGGGCACACCCACAAACAACAACAACAACAACAUUAAUAAUAGAAAUUUCCCACCUACCCAAAAUAAUGAUGCGCUCAUCUUUCCCGACGAUGAAUUUAUCUGUCCCGAGCGAAGGCAGGGCAAACCCUAUUGCACGGAGGUGCCAAAUUACAUGGAAGCCACACACUUGGAUAGAAUCAGUCCCGAAAAAUUUGCACAAUUCAAACCCUAUUUCAGGGAUGAUCUCGUGCUGCCACAAAACGUAACGCAGCGCAUGAACUCUGAGCCGCUGGAAGAAUACUAUUGCUCCAGCACAUCGCAAUUGAUAUACCCGAAAAGUGGAGAAACCAAGGAGGCGAAGUGGGUGUUGGUCGUGCAACAUGACGAACAUAAGCAGGGUAUUUUGGUGGAACAGUGCGACAAUGAGGAGAAGCCUUGCCGUUUUGAAGACUCCUUGCCACGCUUCUACACAUCCAAAUGUAAACAACAUUUCGUAUUCAGAACCAUGAUUGUGUUGGUGGAUGGCGAAAUGAAGGAGGAGCAGCUGAAAAUGCCCAACUGCUGCAAAUGCGUACUGCGGAGUACCGGCGCGAGUUUUUGAAAUUCGAAGCGGCAGUUGAGUGAUUGAGUAAAAGUGAAAGCCCAUGUGUUAAAUGUGAAAGCUCGACUUGUGUAGAGCAGAACAUCAAAAGCUGCAAAACGCAAACGAUAUCGAAACGAAAUUUUAGAUUAUGAAAAAUAAAAGUAAAAUAAGUAAAUAUAUACUUAAUUAUAUGAAAUAUAAUUCAAAGUGCCAAAACAA